AGUUCAGUUCGCUUGUAUCAAAAUGUUGCAAUAUUUUCUCUGUUGUUUCGACUGCUUUUCAUUCUAGCAUCUCUUCGGAUUGAUUUUCACCGUUUCACGUUCGAGUUUUGUUGAAAAUAUUCGUUAAAAGUUAAAUUCGUGGCUAAUACUAGUACCAUAUGACGUAGCCAAUAACCUCACAUAAUAUCAUAGCAUAAUGAACGAAGUUUCUUUCAACAACCUCGAAGAAGCAGUUUUGUGUUUUUAUCAGUCGAAUAAUCCAUUGCAAGCCGAAGCCCAGAAAUGGUUAACCGAGUUGCAGAAUUCUCCGCAGAUAUGGAAAGUAAUAUGGGAAGAUCUGUUACCCAGUAAAAGAACGGAAUUACAAUUCUAUGGAGCAACGAUACUGCAUUCAAAGCUGUUGAAAGAUUGGUGCGAUGUUCCUGCUAACGAAUACGAGCCGUUGAAGCAAAAAUUACUCGAAUCUGUGAUACAUUUCAAGGAUGGACCCAAACUCGUUCUUAAUCGUUUAUGUAUCACGCUGGCAGUAUACGUCAUUAGAAGUGCUCCUUUUUGGCCGCAAGCAGUAGGCGAAUUGAUUUCAUUGUUUCAAAGCGCCGUUGGCAAUGUAUCGCCGGGAACUUUGGCGUAUUUAUUGCUCGAAAUCCUUAUCGUCAUUCCAGAAGAAUACCAGACAAUCUUAUUAUCCAAGAAUGAACGCAUAUUAGUCAGGAGUUCUUUAGAAAAUGACAGUGUUUCGGUCAUAUCGUUAUUAGAAGCUGCCUUUGCCGAUUCUAAUUUAGAUCUCAGACUUCAGGUUGUGAAAUGCGCUAAAUCUUGGUUAGAGUUUGGACUACCUCCAGAAAAUUGCGAUACUUUAUUCAGUCAUUUAAUCGAUACGGUUUUAAUAACGUAUAAAAAUCCCGAUCUAUCUCAAUGCAGUAUUAACGCUAUCGAAGCAAUAUCCAUCCUGUGCAAUCAUCCUAACAACGAUAAAUUACCAAAAAGAGUAGUCGAGUUUUUCAAAAAGCUUAUAGUACUCUCGGAAAUCUUUAAUUCAUCUCACGAAGUAGCCAACAAUGAUAUAAUACCUUGUUUGUAUACGUUGUUCAUCACGUUGGGAGAUAGCCAUAUUAGAGUGAUCGUUGAAGCUUUAUUAGUGGAAGAAAAACGAGACGUAUUUUUAAAAUUAAUGUACAUCAUUCUACAAGCCAGUAAUGCUCCGGGUUACUACCCUAAAGAUGAAGUUUACAGCGUCCAAACGUUGAAUUUCUGGUAUUCGCUUCAAGACGAAGUUCUUUCAGAUAAAUUUAAACACACCGCAGCUGCGAACAUAGUGAAACCGUUUUACAAAAAAUUAGUAACCAUUUUUAUGCAUAAAUCGAUGUGGCCUUUAGACAUAAACCAAUGGAAUAAUGAAGAUAAGAAUACUUUCCGAUGCUACAGACAAGAUAUCGCCGAUACUUACAUGUAUUGUCACACGAUUCUGUCUCACGAGUUACUCGAUAUGAUUUAUCAACUCCUCCAAGUAUCCAUUUCUGAUCCGGAUGUUGCUGGUAAAUGGCGAGAAAUAGAGUCGUAUUUGUUCGCUUUUUACGCGAUAGCUGAGAAUGCCAUGUGUUCGGAGCAUCCGAGAAUCCUAAAUUGUAUAUUAUUAUUGCAAAAUUUACCUCUGUCCAACAUGAACGUGCACGUAUCGCAAACCACUAUGGAAUUGUUAGGUAAACUCUUUAAACGUUCGUACGCUGAAUGGUUCUCUACCAAUCCUCAAUUCCUGGAACCAGUACUUUCUUUAAUAUUUACCGGAGCCGAGAAUCCUCAACUAGCUGCUCCGGCUACUCUAGCUCUGAAAGACAUUACCAAAGAGUGUAAAACCGCCAUUACUCCAUACGCUGAACAAAUAGCUCGAAAAACUGCCGAUAUUUUGCUGCGGAAGCAUUUAAAAGCUAGUGAAGAAAUGCGUCUGAUAUUUUCGCUCGGUAAAGUGGUAUCGUUAUUGCCUCUGGAAACUAUUUACGUGUACUUGAAUGCCAUUGUAUCGCCGUACGUGGAGAAAUUGCAAUCCAUCUUGGCUAACCCACCGGAGGAUAGGAAAAAAACCCUUCCAGAAAUAACCGAUUGUAUCGGCGUGUUUACUCAGUUAUUUUUGGGCUUAGAAGCUAAACCGGCUGUUGGACGUUUGCUGGAAAAUGUGCUGCCCAUAUUGAAAGAAGUUAUCAGCAAAUACAAAGAGUAUAAAGUAGUUUCGUCCGUUUGUAUCGCAAUUAAAUGUGCAGUAUCGAAUUUGAGCGACGUCACCGACGAUUGUUCUUACCUUCCUAUGAUAGUAGAAAUCAUCCUAACUACGUACCCAAAUAAUCCACAUGACUGUAUUCUAGAUUUAGCCAAACAGUUGCUCGUGUUGUUCGGUAAUUCGACAAACUGUAACAUGGUGAUGAGCAGUUUGCUCAAGAAACUAUGUAUUACGACAUUGGUGCUUUUCGAAAACACUACUCCGGAAAACGUAUCCGAACACACGUCUCUGUUCGAGCAUUUUUAUUCGUUUUGCGCCAACGUAUUGAAGAAAAAUAGUAAAUUAUUAUUACACACCGAUGGUAUCAAUUGGGUUUCGUUAUUCAGAUAUGCUGGCUUUGCUCUAUGUGCUCAAGAAGCGACGACUGUAAAAGCAGCAUCGUUAUUUCUAAGCAACGUCAUCACCAUUAGUCGUGAACAAGAAGCUUUAGUGAUGAUAGUACAAGAUAACGGAUUCGAAUUAGUGUAUCAUAUUAUAAUAGCUAUCGGUAAAGUAUCACCUAGGAAUUGUCUCGAUCACAUUGCCGAUGUGCUGCUGGCGUUGAGUAAGAAGUAUUGUGAUUGGCUGAGUCGAUGGUUGAACGAAAUCUUAGCUCAAGAAGAUUUCCCUUCACCCAAAGCCACGCGAGGGGCGAAAGAACGUUUCGCUACAUCAGUAUUAAAAGAAAAAGCCAAUAAACGACGGUUGCAAGAUACAACGAGGGAGUUCAGCUUCCUGUGUCGUGGAUUACUGAAUAAAGAUUACAUCGAAGAAUCGUCGUCGUCAAUAUUGUAAUCUGUGCAUUUCCUUCCAUGUGAUAAAUUGUGAGAAUGACGGCGUCGUCAUCGUGUCGAUUUUUUGCUAAUCAAUGUGUGCCAACUGAAUAGGUCCGUAGACGUCGCUACGCUUUUGACUGAUUGUUUAGAGGUAUUUUAACGACUUCGUAGUAGUGGUGAUAUUUAUAUUGUGGUAAUAUAAACGUAACCAUAUUGAAUCAUUUUUGUUUUUAUUUACGUACCCUUCUGCGCUUGAUUAGUAUUACAAUUAUAUAUUUUAUUCUUCUCAGUACUAUCUGUAACUUUUCUUUUUCAUUAUUGUUACCAAAUAUUCGUAAUAAUUGUUUGGUGUAAAAUUGUUCAAGUUGAAUAGAAACUCGUGGAUUUAUGUAAUUUCGACUUUUACGAUGUAAUAUCAUGUAAUUAAUUUCAUUUCAUCAAUAUAUGGUUGAAAAUUAGAA